GGUGUUUUCCCCCUGCUAUAAGAAGUGAAGGUGUAGCUCUCGGCAGGUUCCUGUCUCUCCUGGGUGUUGGGCUGGAGGUGAUGGCCGCUAAGCGAGCUCUGGUGAUUCUGGCGAAGGGAGCGGAGGAGAUGGAGACGGUCAUCCCGGUGGAUGUGAUGCGCCGAGCUGGGAUUACUGUGACUCUAGCAGGACUAAUAGGAAAGGAUCCUGUUCAGUGCAGCCGUGACAUCUGCAUCUGUCCGGAUUCGAGUCUGGAGGAAGCGUCGAAGCAGGGCCCGUAUGAUGUGGUUCUGUUGCCUGGAGGACUGCUCGGAGCCCAGAACCUGUCUGAGUCCCCUGCUGUUAAGGCGGUGUUAAAGGAGCAGGAGAGCAGAAAGGGGUUGAUCGCUGCCAUCUGUGCAGGUCCCACUGCGCUUUUGGCUCAUGGAAUCGGUUACGGCAGCACAGUCACCACCCACCCAGGUGCCAAAGACAAGAUGAUGGCUGGAGAUCACUACAAGUAUUCAGAAGCCCGUGUUCAGAAAGAUGGACACCUGAUCACGAGUCGAGGCCCGGGUACCAGCUUCGAGUUCGCCCUGGCUAUAGUGGAGGAGCUUCUGGGUGCUGAGGUGGCCAGUCAGGUCAAAGCACCGCUCAUCUUGAAAGAUUAAUAAUGGUUCUAGUUUAAUGUUAAUUAAUUCGUCUGCACCACACUUCAUUAAAAUGAGCAAAAAAAAAAAGUGUGGAAAUCACCAUGAAAGCACCUUAUUAAGAGACAGGAGAACUUUGGGAUGCACGGUGUUCCCUCACCAGGGUGUGGGACAUUUCACAAACGCUUACAUUCUGUUUCUUUUGCUGUAAUUGAAAUAAAAUCGCUUUUGCAAAAGCA